AUGUCUCAAAAAUUAGCAAAUGAUGAUACUAUUAUACCAUUAACAGAAACAACUGAAGAAUAUUCGUCAUUAACAUUAAAUAAUUUACCAUUUGAUAUUUUAUUUACAAUAUGUACAUAUUUAGAUUUACGGUCAUUAGUUCGUUUAUCAUCUACGUGUCGGUAUCUUUAUGAUAAAUGUUUACAUCCUUUACAAUUUCAAACGUUAAAUUUACAACCGUAUUGGUACGGUAUAACUAAUUAUUCAAUCGAUAAUUUUUUUAGUUUAAAAUGUACACAAAUAAAAUAUUUAUCAUUAGCUUGGACAAAAUCAAUUCAUUUAAAAUCUUUUACUCAAUUAUUAAAUACACAAAAAUUAAUUCAACUCAAUUUAGCUUGUUGUCAAUAUAUUAAUCGUGCAUACAUUGAUGUUAUUUCUAAACAAUGUCAACAAUUAGAAAUUAUUAAUUUAGAAAAUUGUUUUAGUUUGAUUAGUGAUGAUUUUAUAGCAUUAAAAAAUUUAAAAAAUUUAAAAUCUAUCAAUUUUUAUCGUACAAAAAUUGAUCAUCGUACAUUAAUACCAUUGAUAAAAAAUAAUUAUUUACAUUUAGAAUAUGUAAAUUUAGGUGCUUGUCAACAAUUAAGUGAAACUGAUUAUAUUGUUAAAUUAUUAUUUUCAAAAUGUUUACAAUUAAAAGCAUUAGAUUUAUGGCGUGCCCAUGGUCUAUCACAAAAUGGUUUUCUAUCAAUUAUUGGUGAACGAGUAAAUGUUGAUGAAGAAAAACAAAAUCCACAUGAUGGUAUUACAGAUGAAUUAUUGAACAAUUUAACAACAACUGUAUGUUGUUUAGAAAAUUUAAAAGAAUUAGAUUUUGGAUGGUGUGAUCUUCCACCAAAUUUUAUUCAAAAAUUUGUUAAAAAUUGUGGUAAAUCAUUAAUGAAAUUAUUUUUAACUGCAUGUCGUCGUAUAACAAAUGAUGAUAUGAUUGCCAUUGGUGAAUAUUGUCCACAAUUAAAACAAUUAGAUAUAUUAGGCUCAAGAAUUAUUAAUGAAGAAUCAAUUCAUUUAGUUUUAAAAAAAUGUACAAAUUUAGAAUUUUUAGAUUUAUCAUUUUGUGAUAAAAUUGAAUCAAAAACAAUUGAUAUGUGGAAUAAAAUGUAUAAACAAUGUAAAUCAAUUAAACGUAGUUAUUCGCCAAGAGAUCAAAUUGAUGAUAUUUAUACAGAAUUUGCUUAA